AUGGACUCAGACCAUGGUUCCGAUGAGGAUGAUUUUCAAGGGAUUGUAACUCAGAAAGCACCUACAGGGGAUAAUGAUGAGUAUUACGAGGAUGAGGAUGAGAAAGCUAGAGCUGAAAAUUUCGAUGACGGGGGAAAAGAUGGACCAAUUCUGGAUGAGCAACCCAAUUUCAGACCCAUUAUUGGGCAUGAAAAGGCUAAAUCAUUAGUGUACUCCUCUUCUUCUAGUUUUUCCAGAAAAUCUUCCACGCUUUCAUCCAGGAUGUCUUCAACUUCUACUUCUAUCUCAACACCUACGGCUGUCUCUUUACUGUUGAAAAUUGGCAAAAGACGUAGAAUCACCCUGGAUAUGUUUCCUAGUUCUCUUGUAGACCUUGCUACAGCUGGGCAUACUACAAUGAGAUUAUACAUUGCGACUCAAGAGGGUUCUCCUCCCCCCAUAUCACGCUUCAAGUUUACUUGGAACAGACUUAUCAAUGCCUCCCAAGGUUGCAGAGAAUUACAAACCAAGCUUUUAGAGGUUCAAAGUAAUGAAGAAAUCAAAACCAUAUUGAUUGACUAUGUUUGGUCUGCUGUUGCCCAGGUCCAAGGAGAAAUUGUUGCCAAAGCAUGCAUCAUAAUCAAUGGUGCUUAUCAAAUUCCUGGUGAUAUGGCCCCAGUUCAAAUCAAGCAGGCUGUAAUGUGGCUUUUAGAAACUGGUGCAUUUGCUGACGGUGAUCUUAAUAUCAAAGCCAGGACAUUCAACAAGCAGAAGCCAUUUUGUCAUCAGGUUCUCAAGGACUUGAUUUAUAAUCAAGGGUAUGGGCGUAAAGGUGAGGGAGUAUACUAUCCUGAACAUUUCAAAGGCAUUCCUUUAGCUUUACUUGUAAUUACCACAGUAGCUAUUAAAUGUUCCCUCAGGGGAUAUGUGAAUGGUAAUAAAGCUACCCAAGAAUUCUCAGAGAGUGUUUUCAAAACCAGGUGGGAGUACUAUUUCAAAAAGCUGUUGGUGCUUCAGAAGAAAAGCCCUGUGUGGAUGAAGCAAAUGAGAGAUGGUCUGUACCAGGAUAUUCUAAAUCUGGCCAAUCUCCAUUAUCUAGGGAUUGAUGAAGACCAGAUGAAGGACGAGGAUUUUGGUAUUGAUUUUGAAGCUCUAAAGGUGAUUAUCAUUGCACAAGCUGCUUGA